ACUUGGAAUUGAAUGAGGCAGUACUGACAGAAUUGCUUUCUUUGCCAACAUGGAUGAAUGUGACCCGUGCAAAGUGCAACCGGGUUGCAGCCAAGAUUCCCUGGGCUCAUCUCAAGAAGAUGCCUAUCCAACUGUUUCUGGAUGAGGUUGAAAUAGAGUUGGAGACAUCAGCUGACUUGCGAACUCUGUCCCGAACAUUCAUCCCAUCAUAUAGUAGUGGAGGAAGUUAUGGCUUUGCUGAUAGGGUGCUGGAUGGAGCUUCAGUGAGGAUUAACAAUGUGAACCUCUGCCUAAGGAGUAAUGCCUUCCUAGCAACUAUCCAGCUAACCCGUGUGGACCUGGAAUCACGAAUGCCAACCUGGCAGAAGAAUGAUCUCCGCUGGACUCGAAUCAAAGAUGUCACUCGGGGAGAAAUACUCAUUUUCAAGGAACUCCAGUGGCAAACAAUGAAGAUAGAGGCAAGGUCUAAUCAAAAUCUGAACCUGGCUCCCCUGCGCUUGAUCACCAGUCAAGCAAGGGCACGAAUCACACUCAAGAAAAAGCUUAGUGAUUGCUCAGUGUUGGGUUGUCGGCUGGUGCUACUCAUGGAUGACCUCUUGUAUGUCCUGACGGAUUCCCAACUGAAGGCAGUGCAGCACUUCCUUGACUCCUUGUCUCAUCUAGUCACAAAAGCUCAGGAGCAAGCCAAAGAAAUUAAGGCCAUUAGAAAAUUGGAGUCUUCUUCAGCAAUGAUGCUGCCUCAGGCGACAAAGAGAACUUCCCGAGGAUCGUGUGCGUUUACUCGCUUUGAUGUCAUUGAAACAUCGUACCACUUGUAUUCUGAUCGUCUUGAUCUCCAUUUCUGUGAUGAUCCGGGUGAAGGCAGGUCCUCCCACCCAGACCUGAAAGAAGGUGGUGCUCUGCAAAUUUGCCUUACUAAACUUCAGUUGGACUACUACCCAUACCAUCUGUCGGGUGUGGACCGCAAGCACUGGGUCAGGUAUUCUUCCUCACAUCCUAAUCAGUGGCAGGAGAGUGAACUGAUUUCUUUUCGGAAUCAACUGACUGACCUGAUAGUGGGAAAUCGGAAACAUGCUCCCUUGGCAAGGACAGCCCCUGUUACAGACAAAGACCAAGGCACCCUUGAUAAGGAGAGACUACAGCCUGGGAUGGAGAGAGGGAGUGGGAAGGGACCUCCACCUCCUGUUGCCCUUUUAAGGAGACUUAUGGCCUCCUGCCUAGUCCUGCGAAUCACAGAAUUCUCUGUGUUCAAGGUCACCACUACUCACCGAAAGAGUGUCAAAGAAUUUCUUCAAGGCAACAAAGAAAAUGCACAACUUCCUGAGCAAAAUCAUCGCAUUCACAUUGAGUUCUUGCAAUAUUACUACCCAGGGAACCUGGACUAUCCUUUGCCUCCAUCCAAGCUGUACAUGCAUGUAAAUCCAGUGCAAUUGAACUUGGAUCCCCUUACCCUCUCAUGGCUCAAUGCCUUUCUCCUCAACCUCCAAUCAGCUAUUCCACCACACGCCAAAACGGAAUCUGAAGCCCUAGAUGUCCGAAUUGAAGCCAUUCUUCCUCAGGUGAUUUAUGAAGAGGAAGAACAUCCAGGACAACCAGAUCGACCCAAAACCCUCCACCUUGGCACAUCUCGCUUACUCAUUUCAAAUUACAGAGCAGCUGAGGUUGGGCCUCGGUCUGACUUAGUGAAGUGUUUGAAUUCCCUCCAGAGGGGUGAAAUGUUCUUUGGCUCCUCCUUUCCUUCCACUCCCUCUGACAGUGUUGUUGUCCAUCCCAAGUUCUUUAAACAUGCACAGUGUGAAGACAAUAUCAGAGAAGUUCCUCUUGGUGACAAUGAACAGGGAGUUCCUCUGGACUCCCUCCAUCGUAACAGCCUUUGGACUGAUGCCAAGGAUGUGUGGUACAUCCACCUGGAUCCAUGCUGGGCGGAUUUUGGUGGAAGCCGAGCAACCAACCAGAAACCUAUUGCAUUUAUUGAUGCCUUCCCACUUGAACUCUGGAUUUAUCAGGAAGAGCAAAAAUCACACCUGCAUGUGCUGGGACACAUAGCCAGUCUGGUAACAUGCCAACUGAAUCAUUAUCAGUAUCUCUUUCUCAUGAGGAUGCUGGAUGAUAUGACUGCACUUCAAGGAGUUCUUCUGGCUGAUUCAUUGCGAAUUCAGAAACAAUCUGAGUCAACAAGGUUUUCUUUGGCUGUUCUGCUUCCACAGGUGGAUGUCUCGUUACUUAUGCCAGUGACUAGUCAUGAAAAGAAUGCAUCAGUCACUGAUGACUCUGUGAUCCCAGAAACUUCCAGCAUGACUGACCUGGAUACAUGUACAAAUGCAGAAACAAAUUUUCGGCAUCAGGACACUUUGGAAGGUUUGGCUAAACUCCCUCAAGAGAAUGGGCCCCUUGUGUCCCUGUUGCUGGAACAGGACUCACAGACUUCUCGAUGCAAUUCUUUGGAUAGUAGUCAGGCCACUCUUACUCCUAAUGACAGCCGUUCUUCACCAAACACAAGUCAGAAGUCAACUGCAGACCGAAGGAGUUCUUUCCUUGCUGAUCGCAACCUUGCCCUUCAGGAAAAUAUCAGGAAAAGCUUCACUAACCUGAGAGGAGCAUUAGACACAGCUUUCAAGCAUGACAAUGCAGCAGAAGAGCUAUGCAAAACAGAUGAUGAUGCAGCUAGCACAAUCAGUUCAGACAGUGAUAGUUUCAUCCUUCUUGGCAUGGACGUGGAGAAUCGAAGUGCAGAGACAGAAAAUCUCUUGGAUAUUCCUGAGAAGCCAAGGACUGGAAAGGUGGUUGUGGAUGUGGAGGUAGCUAGUGAGGUUCUUGAGGACAGUGGCAGUGAAGAUCCUCCCAUCAGCCCAUUUUUCAAGCGAAAGGAAGAGGCAAGUGAAGUUAUAUCAUGUUCAUCAAAGUGUUUGCAAACCAUCUGCUUAAUGGUCUCCAUAGUGACAUUCUGCAUGGGAAGAGUCCAGCUAGCCCUGCAGAGUCAAGGAGGCACAUCUGUCAUGAAGGUUCAACUUGGAAGCCUGUUACUUGAAGAAGCCUCCUCAAUGCCAUGGGAUGAGUUUCAGGAGAAAUUCCGUCUGCGAGGUCAUGCAUGGAGCGAGAUGCGAUUUGAUCCUUUAACAUCAUGUGAGGUGAAGAUGCGGCUGACCAUCUCGCCUGAGCUACGACCUCCAUGUCUCCCGUUUGACCAUGCAAUCCUGUCCAUUUCCCCUGAUGCCUAUCAUCUCCUCAGACAUCGACUUAGUGUUCAGGCAUCCCAUGCCCAAUUGAGGUCCAUCAUGGAGGACCUUUAUCAACAUGGAGGUAUCCUGGCAGAACUCAAGAUCAAGGACCUCCACCUCCACAUUCCAAUGAAUGCAGUUGUUGAGCUCAAUGCUCUAAUAGAAGAGGAGGAAAUCAGGCCUCCUGUACCUCUCAAGGGACUGUCUGUGCCUCCAGAUGCCGAGAAGCUCAGCGCGAUCGCGAUUGCUCUCCCCAUAGAGUAUUCCGCCUGCCUCUGGGUGUACGUCUCCCUCUCUCGGGCUCCCAAUGUUUUUCCGGCCGUUGCGACUGUCGGAUCUAUUCUGGAGAUCGUAAUAGCCCGGGAGAUGCAGGAAGAGUUUGGAUGA